CCGCAAUGUUCUGCACAGUCGGGUCGUUAUGCAUGGAAGACGUUAUAUGCAAUGAGCAAGAACGCGCCGUCGCACGUCGCACGAUUACCAAAUCUGACAUGGCGAAAUGGCCGUACAUCACCACUGACAGCGCCGGUCGGUUGGAUGGCGGGCUUGUCUUCGUCGGCCCCACAGAAGCCGAGGCUCGUCCCCUGAAGCUGAAGCAUUUUAUCUUCGCCGAUUCUCAGGAUCCAUCCAGCCGUUUUAAACGCUAUGCCCUAUCCGAUGACGGCGAGCUACUCGCAGCAUCGUUCGAUAAUGGUGGCAUUCUCAUAUGGCGACUGUCCGAUGGUCUACUGGUUCAACGCCUACAACAUCAGGACCAUACGGGCGAUGUCGAAUCCCUAUCAUUUUCUCCUAAUAGCCAGUCUCUUGUCUCAGGAUCCGAAGACAAAAGCGCAACCGUCUGGGACCCUCGGAGUGGCCAUGUUCUUUUACGUCUGGAACACACUGAGACGGUAACCAAAGUUGCAUAUGCUCCUCAUGGCGCGCUUAUCGCUACCGCUUCCGGCGACAGGUCCAUAAAGAUUUGGGAUGCUUGGACUGGCGCAUGUGUGCAGUCCUUUGAUGCUGAUGAAAUCAUAUACAAGCUCGCCUUCUCUCCGGAUGGCUUGCGUUUCUAUGCUGAAGCGGGCCUCGGCGUCCGCGUCUAUGAUGUCCGAACAUAUACGCCCAUUGCGAGACUACAGGAUCGCAUGGGAUCCGACAGCUCCUGGUCAAUAUCCUGCCAAGGAGACUACAUAGUCACUGCAUCGUACGGUCAAGUGAAGAUCUGGAGUGCGGUGACCGGCGAAGAGAUUCUCGCGAUCAGCCACCCGCAAGAGCUCUCAUCGCCUGCGGCAUUCUCCCCAGACGGAGCCGAGGUACUGGCAUCCUGCGGUGCGGACAAGACCGCUGUAACCUUCGACUCACGGACAGGCCAACUACGUCGCAUCUUCAAGCUGUCAGAUCGAGCACGUUGGGCGGCAUACUCCCCGGAUGGAGACUACGUUGUCCUCGGUGAUUCUGGCGGUGAGCUGAAAGCAUUUGAUACGAAGUCUGGAUCGUUCCUUGCAAGGCUUGAGACUGGAGGGGGUAUCUUCGAUGUCCAAUUUGUACCUGACAGCAAGCACCUCCUAAUUGACUUCGAGGACAAACCUCCUAUACUGUGUAACAUCUACGAUGUAAUGCGCAUGCGAUAGUAUAUCCUCCCCUUCCCCACGGAUCGGAUCGUACUAGUACAUAUAUGUGGGGGUAAUCUGACAAGUACAGCUUAAUACGCACGGGCAUACAGUAUGAGCAAACACUACAUCCAAUCGUCGCUGGGUAUGCAUCACGUGGGAGGACAGACAGCAGGAUCAGAAAAACACAUGAGACCUGCGAGAGGUGGACCCUCGUGACUCCUAAAAACGCGACCACAGCCGCACUGGCCGGAGAGCACAAUGACCACCCAUGUCAGACUCCACGGGCCGCGCAAAAUGACGUAUCGCACGACCGAAAGAGCUGCAAUGACUCCUGCGCCAUCUGGCGUGGUCAGCCGGCGUAUGGUAGAUAAGUGUAGUGCUCAUUGAUGGCGGUCACGCCCCGUGUUUUGCUAAUCACAUGGACGUACCCUAAUAGAUACGCGUGCUCAGGCUGCAGCUUGUGCACGUACGACACGUCAACGAUGUCGCACUUCUGCGGGCGUGCGAGUGGGGGCGGGGGCGAUAGACGCUGUAACAACGAAAAGAGUGAGAGGAGAGCGACGAUGGCAUAGGUCUUGGCACUUCGGCACAGGACGUACUGAGUGAAGUCGGAGCUGCAACAGGC